AUGGGUGCCAUUGCUCGGAUCGAGCCGGGAGGGACAACAAAACGGCGAGUCGCGGAAGACAGCCAAUUCUUCGAUCAUCUCGUGGACCUCAUACCGCUGCGCCACUACCUCCCGUCGCAAGCUGACUCUGUCGCCCUGAAGUAUGAGAAGGUGGAGGGCGGCAAGGCAGAGGCGAAACGGGCAGCUAAGGAGCAGUCGAAGAAAGCAAAGAGGCUCAAGCUGGACCCCGCAGCAGCGCAGCGCACCUCCCAACCUCCCAGGCGUGGAGGCGAAGUUCACCCCCUCUGGCUUGCUAGCAAGCAAGAUUAA